UGACAAUACAAUUCAAAAUCAUGAGUCUAGAAGGCUGUGGCGUAGCAGAACACAUGUGAGUUGUCAAUUGCGUAAUGUCUGCUGUGUGGAACAGAUCUGCGGGAUCAGUUUGGUGUUGUUAUUUCGUGUGACGUGGAAAUAUGUAUAUUCAGACAUGAAGCAAACAAGUUUAUUUAACACGAGGGCAUUCAGCCUGUUCCGUGCGUUUGUCAUACCUGUCAUUUUGAUUUUGUAUUGUUAUGCUGUCGAUGCACAAAAAGUGGACACAAAUUUAAAACAUCAAUGUGAGACCAUAAACUGUUUAUUUGGUGAAGUACCUUUCGUUCAGUCUGUGGCAACAGAGACUAGUGUGGUGCGGAAAAGGGAAACUGGUGACGAGAAGGACGGUAAUGUGAAGCCGGCAGUAUCUGAGGCAAAAACGGAAAAUGACAAAAAUUCUCUUUCCGGAGAUACGCUACUUAAAAGCUCAAAUGGCACGAAAACUUCGAACGCUACUUCGACAGAGGGACCACCAAAUGCAAAUGUCAGUAUGCCGCCAAUGCCACCCAUGCAAGCACCAACGAAUGCAACUAAUGUGACAGUUAGUUCCACAGAGUCGCCUGGUGAACCUGUUCUCCCCGACAAAGGUUCUGCAGAGGAAGAACACAAUAGCUCAAUGUCAAUAUUUUUUGUGCUUUGCGUGCUAGCUUUAGGUAUUUUAUUGAUUCAUUUUAUGUUGCAAUUCAACUUUCAGUACUUACCAGAAAGUGUCGCUAUUGUAUUUCUUGGGGCAUUGAUAGGCCUUAUAAUCAAUCUGAUGUCAAAUCAAAACAUUGCAAACUGGAGAAAAGAAGAAGCAUUUUCACCAACUGCUUUCUUUUUAGUUUUACUUCCUCCAAUUAUAUUUGAAUCAGGAUACAAUUUGCACAAAGGAAAUUUCUUUCAAAACAUAGGUUCCAUUCUUGUUUUUGCAAUAUUUGGUACUACUAUAUCUGCACUUGUUAUUGGUGCAGGAGUCUAUUUGCUCGGACUAGCAGAAGUGGCGUACCGUCUGAGCUUUGUUGAAAGCUUUGCAUUUGGUUCUUUAAUAUCAGCUGUGGAUCCUGUGGCAACUGUAGCAAUUUUCCAUGCACUGGAUGUGGAUCCUGUUCUUAACAUGUUGGUUUUUGGUGAAAGUAUUCUGAAUGAUGCUGUUGCCAUUGUGUUAACAACAUCAAUUUUGGAAUCAAACAAUCCAGCAAUGACAUCAUCGGAAGCUGUUCUAACAGGAAUCAACAGAUUUUGUUUGAUGUUCUUUGCAUCUGCAGGAAUAGGUGUCGUGUUUGCCCUUGUGAGUGCACUACUCUUAAAGCAUAUUGAUUUACGGAAGAACCCAUCUCUUGAGUUUGGAAUGAUGUUGGUUUUUACUUAUGCACCAUAUGCUCUUGCUGAAGGAAUUCACUUGUCAGGUAUAAUGGCAAUACUGUUCUGUGGGAUUGUUAUGUCACAUUACACCCACUACAAUUUGUCCACUGUGACUCAGAUAACAAUGCAGCAGACCAUGCGCACAUUGGCUUUCAUUGCAGAAACAUGUGUAUUUGCUUACCUUGGUCUUGCAUUAUUCAGCUUCAGACACCGUGUUGAGCCUGCACUUGUUGUUUGGAGCAUAGUGCUUUGCCUUGUUGGACGAGCUUGUAAUAUUUUUCCCCUGGCUGUAUUGUGCAAUCGUUUCCGUGAACAUCAGAUCACGAAGAAGAUGAUGUUCAUUAUGUGGUUCAGUGGUCUGCGUGGUGCAAUUGCAUAUGCACUUUCAUUACAUUUGCAGUUCAGUGAUGAGACUAGACAUGUUAUUGUGACGACUACUCUCAUUAUAGUGCUCUUUACAACACUUGUCUUUGGAGGAUCAACUAUGCCUCUAAUGAAGUUACUACUUGCCAGUAAGAAGGGUCGAAGCCGUCGUCGACGCCGUGAGAAAGAAAUUACUUUGAGUAAAACAAGAGAAUGGGGGCAAACAAUUGAUUCAGAACAUUUAUCUGAAUACACAGAAGAAGAGAUGGAAGUUAGCUUCAUUCAGUCUAGGAUAAAGGGGUUUGCAAAAUGUGACAUAAAAUAUUUUAUUCCAUUUUUCACUCGCAGAUUCACUCAACAGGAGCUGAAGGACUGCAAAAGUCAAAUGACAGAUUUAACAAAUCAGUGGUAUCAAGCAAUUCGAAUAUCACCCACAGAAACAGAUGAUGAGUCGACUACGGCAUCACGGCAGUAAAAUUUCCUGUUUAAUGCCACCAUCAUUGUAUUUCUUGUAUAUAUAUAAAACAGAAAUUCCAGUACAGGAGCAGAUUUUUUUAUUUAGCAGAAACUGAUAGGCGUUGAACACUGUGUGCAAUGAGAGAGUAAAAUUGUCACUGUUUUCCUGAGUUCUAUGAAUUACUUCCUUUGUUUUUCACAUUGUCAGAGUAUAGCUUGGUCCCACCUGAACAGUUUUCUGAAGCUGAAUAGACUUUUCAGUACUCUUUUAUUGUAAGUUCUUUUUUGUGAUUUUUGAUAGUUACCAAAAAGUGAAUGUGUUUUUGUGUUGUUCAGUGUUUUAUUUAUAUAUGUGUGACUGAAAUGCUUAAGGUAAAAUUUGUCUAUGGUGUUAUAUGUGAACAAGUAUUAGUGCCACGUGACCAUGGAUUCUGCAUCUUGUUUUAUAAUACAUCACUAAUUGCAGAAAGUGACACCAUUACUUUUGUUCAGAGUCAUGCAAGAAAAUUCCUUUUCUGGAUGUUUAACAAAUCUGCUCCCACUUGUUUUCGAAAAUCUCAUUAUUUAUUUUCUUUUGUGUGACAAGAUUUACAAAUCUGUGUGGAUGAAACAUUACAAACUUUCUAGAAAAUAAAUUGAAGUAAACCACAUUGUUAAAGCUCAAACAAUAGUGCUAAAAUUUGGGAACCAUUCAGUGUACAAUAUCUUCAUCUUUUUACUUUCCACAAAAUUUUUGCUAAACAGAUGUCUCACUAUCUGAUUUCUCUCUUUCACACUUUAGAGUAAACUCUAAAAAAACUGAAGAACAUUACUGACCACAAAUAAAUUUUCUCCAGUUCUUAGUAAACAUCUCUUUAAAAAUUCAGUCUAAACCACUGUCUUUGUAGUAAAUUAAUUACUGUAACUAAACCAACCUAACAAAAUAUCCAUUUUGUUUAACUUGCCACAUACAACUUACGUUGAUUGUGGGCUCACUUGUAAUUAUGUUCCAAAUGGAUUACAUGAAGGGAAAAAAAUGGAAAGUCCAGGCCAGGAAAAUAACUAUGUGGAAAGGAGAGAUUGCUAGUCACCACAUAGAAGAGGUAUUGAGUCAGACAGGCACAAUAAAUAUUCUAGCAUCUUUUUUCACUUGCCUGUCUGUGACUCAGUGCUGCCUCUAUCUGAUGAGUAGGAACCUAUCCUUUCCACAUUGCUGUUACUAUCUAAAAAGCAAAGUUGUAUUUACAUUUUUGAAAGACAGAUAGCUCAAUCUUCAGAAAUAUGUUACUGUGCCACAAAGAAUGCUUCAGAUCAGAGAGAGAUAUUUGUUUUCAAAUACUUUAGCAGAACAAAAAGCUCAGAUUGAAACUACUAUGCAAACAUUGAAAUUAAGAUGGUGCACAGGCAUAAUAUUUACAGCAAAAAUUCUGUGAUUGACAUGUUUACAUCAGACAUGUUACAUAGGUAUAAAACAUGAUUGCAGUAUUUAUGAACAUGUGUUUUUGUAAGAACCUUAUGAAGUACUUAAGAAGAAUAUUUAUGUUUAUCUAGGUCUAGUAGUUUUAAGAAAAGCAGAGAGACAUGUUGGAAUUUACCAAUAUUUGCUACAACAAAAGUGUGAUAUGAAAGAUCUGUACAAUCUUCUUGCUUCUGUAGAGUGUAGCUAUUUUCAUAUGUGAAGUGUGCAGUCAUUUUUAGUACUGUAAAUGUAUUGAGUUUUGUAAUUGCUUUGUAGGAAGUGGGCAAGGAAGCACGCCUUUAAUAGAUUACUGCAGGUAUUUUAUUAAUUAUAGUGCCUAUAAUUCAGUCUGUGAUGUCUUGUGCGCACAUAUUAACAUGAGAAGCUAAAUGUGAAUUGAGGGACCAUGAUUUCAACUUUAUUACCUUUUCUUAAAAUAAGUAAAUGAAUUAUCAAACUGUUAUAUGUAACUAUAUGCAGAUGUUGUUUCUAUGUCAACAUAUUGGCCAAAGUAUAAGUAAAUGUUAUCAAAACAAAAUUCUCUGUCAAGUCUAAUACCAUGAAAUUAAUGAGCAGUAUUUGUAACUGCUGUCAGUCACAUAUGGCCAGUAGAUAAUAAACCAUAUACUUCUCAGGCUGCUGCUUAGUGUCAUUUGCUAGGUGACUAAAUUAUAUCUGUGUGAACAUAUACAAAUUUAUUUGAUAAGAAAGUAAAUAAUUAAAAAUACAUAGAAGAUAUAAAAAAAGUAGACAAAAUAUUAUCCCUUCACUUUUCCAUUACCACUCAGUAUUUGAGUCUAAAGCAAAAGACUUCAGGCUUGUAGUGUGCUCUCUCUUUCGUUCCUUGGAAUCCAGUAUGAUGAUCUAGACUUCCACUGCCAAUGUAAUGUUAUGUUUUGUCAUUUAUCCAGAACAAUUUUCUUCCUACCAGUAGAAGUAGCCAUAGUGCAAACAGUAAUCUGAAACAUUCAUGAAUUUUUGAAAUCAAGAGUUUCUCUCUCUGGAGAUGUAUGUAAAUAGAGCAACAGGGAAAUGUACCUAAAAUAGCAAAAGGUAAUUUGUUCUCUCUUUUUGUAGCUCCAUAUUUACAGUUUUUGUAACUCAAACUGUUACCAUAAAUAGUUGAAGGAUUUUAUUGGGUAAAUAGUACAUAUGGUUCGUAUCAGAAACCCACCUCAAUUUACAACUGAAUAAGUUUUGGGAAAUGACGAAGUAAUCAAAUUGUUUCCCAGAAUAGAAGUCACCAAAAAUUUCCUCAAAUGGUGUAAUUAACUGAACUUCAUAGGCUAAGACCAAAGUAGCAGACUGUUUUUCACACUGCAAUAAAUAAUAGCUUUGUAUCCCAUUUUCAGUACUUACUUAUUUUGUCAGUGCUGUAGCUCCUGUUCAACCAAUAUCACUUCCUCCUCAAGAGCAUGAGCAUUCAGCUUGUAUGAUGUGGAGCAAUAGUUGCACAGUUCACCCAAGACAGGAUAAUGAACUGUUAUCUCACCAUGCCUUUCCUCAUUCUUUCUGUUACUAUUCAAAAUGAGUUGGGCCCUAGUGAUCAUUCAUUCCUGAGAUUAAUUGUAUCAAAGGAAAAUUCAAUCAAAACCUUCAACAUUUGAAAUGUAUAGUACUGCAUAUUGAUGCACAAGAAAGUGAUAAACUUUCUAGCUUUUGAAACUAAUAGUUCCUUUCUUGUGUAGAAGAGUUGGAUAGUUGCUACCACAAAAUAUAAAGAAUCAUUUAGUCACAAUAUGAAUUCAAAAUUACAUUUAAUCCAUCACCAAUGGUUUACAUUGCUAUUAAACUGUCAUGUGAUCAAUGACUAACUGUUUUGUAGAAAGUUUAAAAUUUUCUGCAGUGUCAACACGCAUUGUCUAUAUGCUGUUAUAAAAUGUUAUUUGUGACAUAUUUUACUUGUUCUGCUGGUCAGUGUUUCAUUAAUUAUGGAGACACACAUUAUUUUAUUACCAUAUAAUGCAGGACUGUAAACAUCAGUUUAAAGCUUGAGUUUGUUUGUUGGUUAUUACGACAAAUUAAUGAGUAUGAAUAAUAUUGUGAAUGUUUCCUAACUGUUUACAGUUAAUACAACUUCUCUCUCUGUUGCUAAAAUACAAAGAAUAUCAGUAUUAGAUUUGUCAAUGACUGUGAACAAAAGGAACUUAUUUUAAAUUACUGAAAAUAAAUGUUAUUUAUUUGUAUUUUUGCUGACUGAAAAUCAGCUCACUUCCAAGAUUUGUAAAAGAUUCAGCAUCAUUCAUAUAUUGAGAAUUCAACAAACUAUUUUUUGGAGGCUAAUAAAUUAUUCAGACCGUGAUAAAA